CCUGCUCAGUUAGUGUCAAUGUCAAGAAAAUGCACCAAUCUCUAUCUUUUUUUCUUAAAGGUUUAUAUGUUUGUGAUUAUUUUAAUUUGACAUGUUUUUAGUUGGUGGGUUGUCUUGGCAAUGUUUAUAUGUUUAUUAAUUCUUUCUAAGACCAUGGCUUUCCAUGAUUCUUGCCAAUCAUUCGUUUUCUAUUGUUAUUGUUGAUGCUGUUGCUAAAGACCAAGGGUACUUCUAAUUGUUGUUGUGGAUUGGAUUUGUCAUUAUUGUAACUUAACAAAUUUGAGUGCGGGUUCAUUCUAUGAAUGGAAAGGCAUUCUCAUAUGGAACUUGGGUUUUCUUCUGGACAUCAUGACGUUAUUGAUGGCACUCUGUCAUUAUGUGCAUAUCUGGUGGCUUCAUGGCAUGAAAUUUCAUCUUGUGGAUGUAGUUCUUUUCCUAAAUAUAUGUGCCUUGUUAGGUGCAAUUGUAAAACGUAUCAAAGGAUUUAUUAGGUUGAAGAUAGCUUUAGGCGCCCUUCAUGGAGCACUUCCAGAUGCAACACCUGAGGAGAUUGAAGCAUAUGAUGAUGAAUGUGCUAUCUGUAGGGAACCAAUGGCAAAGGUGAAGAGACUAUCUUGUAAACAUCUUUUCCAUCUAACCUGUUUGAGAUCUUGGUAUGAUCUAUGUUGCUUGUCACGAUCUUGGACCCCCCCAUCAUGAGCAGAGAGGAAUUUGAAGCUCGGAAAGCUGAUCUAUGGAGGAAGCAU